AUGGAGAACUUCCCAACAUUAGAACAGGCUGCGCGAGGGCGGCAAGGUGACCCUAUGCGCCAUCCCCAAGGCGGAGGACAUCACGGACCCAGCCCGUCGAGCAACCAGCAGCAGCAACAACCGCAGCAACUACAGCAACCUCAAAUUCCCCCGGCUUCCGCUAUACCGCUUCUUGAGCCCCAAGGCCCUCCUCAGCUACCUCCCCAGCUCUUUACGACUGCGGCACAGCUACUAGACUUGACAGACAAGAAAUUGGUAUUGGUUCUGCGUGAUGGCCGCAAGUUAAUUGGAGUAUUGCGAAGCUGGGACCAAUUCGGUAUGUCAAUGACAUCUCCCUAUUUACUGCAUUGCGUUAAUAGAGAGAGUACAAAGACUAACAGCUAUCCAGCCAACAUUGUACUGCAGGACACGAUUGAACGACUAUACGCCGAGAAUCUGUAUGCUGACAUCCCUCGUGGAGUGUUUCUGGUCAGAGGAGAGAACGUAUUGCUUCUUGGAGAGAUUGUACGUCAAUGUUCCUGCGAAGAUACCAUCCUCCAGCCACUAAUUAUGUCUCCAAUGCAGGACCUCGAUAAAGACGAUGACAUCCCAGAGCCUUACCGACAGGCACCUGCGUCCGAAGUCCUCAAGCUAAAGAAACAGGCCGAAGAGCGACGGAAACGCAAGGAUAAGAAACGAAGCACGCAUUUGCAAGCCCUCGGGUUUGAGCCUGAGCACAGCGGAGAGAUUCUCUUCUGA